CGAAGCCGUUCUCCUCUUCCUUUUUCACUUCCGCCAAAUUCAGCCGCGAUUUCUUCCACAGCUACUUUCAGAGACCUCUACACACGAUUUUUAAUCAUUUCAUUGUCUCUUCCAUUCCUCGAAUUCAGUUUCUUUCUCAAGCAAUUUUCGAAUUACAUUUCUCUAUCUGAAGUGUUUAGCAAUGGCGCAAGUAGUGGCCACACGGUCGAUUCACUGUUCAUUUGCGUGCCCUAGCUCUGGAUAUCUUCAGAACCACGUCGAAAAGCUCAAACCUUGUGGUUUCUCUUCCAAGGUUCUGGCUCGCGAAGAACAGAAAAGCUGCAAAACUAUCCGCAUUAGUACUUUGAUCACUGCCAAGAGAUCAGUCGAAGUUCUUCCCGUGUCGCCCGAAGAUGUGCUAAAGACCGAAGAGCAAAUCCAGCAUUUACGGGGAAUUCAGCAGCUUGAUGACACAUCUGGCGGUAUGUGGUCUAGGCCUACGGUUAGACGUAAGACUAAGAUUGUUUGCACAAUCGGUCCUUCAACCAACACUCGGGAAAUGAUAUGGAAGCUGGCUGAGGCUGGAAUGAAUGUUGCUAGAAUGAACAUGUCCCAUGGAGACCAUGCGUCUCAUCAGAAAGUUAUUGAUUUGGUUAAGGAAUAUAAUGCCCAAUCCAAGGACAACGUCAUCGCGAUCAUGCUCGACACCAAGGGGCCUGAAGUUAGGAGUGGUGAUUUGCCCCAACCAAUCAUACUAACAAGUGGUCAGGAAUUUACUUUCACAAUUCGAAGAGGGGUUGGCACAGCAGACACUGUCAGCGUCAAUUAUGAUGAUUUUGUAAAUGAUGUAGAAGUGGGUGAUAUGCUUCUUGUUGAUGGGUAUUUGCCCAAUACGGAUUAUCAUGGUGCCAAGGAUUUCAGUUAUGUUGGUGGUAUGAUGUCAUUAACAGUGAAGUCCAAAACAAAAGAUUCAGUGAAAUGUGAAGUUGUUGAUGGUGGAGAGCUUAAAUCUAGACGACAUCUGAAUGUUCGAGGAAAAAGUGCUACGCUGCCAUCCAUCACUGAGAAGGACUGGGAUGAUAUCAAGUUUGGAGUGGACAAUAAAGUUGACUUUUAUGCUGUUUCCUUUGUCAAAGAUGCAGCAGUAGUCCACGAAUUGAAGAAUUACCUGAAAAGCCGCGAUGCAGAUAUACACGUCAUUGUGAAAAUUGAAAGUGCAGACUCUAUACCAAAUUUACAUUCAAUCAUAACUGCUUCUGACGGGGCAAUGGUUGCCAGAGGAGAUCUUGGAGCAGAGCUGCCAAUUGAAGAGGUUCCAUUGUUGCAGGAAGAGCUUAUCAGGAUUUGUCGUAGUAUGGGGAAAGCUGUUAUUGUGGCAACAAAUAUGCUGGAAAGCAUGAUUGUUCAUCCUACACCAACCCGAGCAGAAGUUUCAGACAUUGCCAUUGCAGUUAGAGAGGGUGCUGAUGCAGUUAUGCUUUCUGGAGAAACUGCUCAUGGAAAGUUCCCUCUGAAAGCUGUCAAGGUCAUGCACACAGUCUCAUUGCGGACCGAAGCAACCGUGGUUGGUGGGGAAACACCACCCAAUCUUGGCCAAGCCUUUAAGAACCGUAUGAGUGAAAUGUUUGCAUUCCAUGCAACAAUGAUGUCUAACACUCUUGGAACCUCCACCGUUGUCUUCACCAGGACUGGUUUCAUGGCCAUCCUAUUGAGCCACUAUCGACCUUCUGGCACUGUAUUUGCCUUUACAAAUGAGAAGAGGAUACAACAGAGGCUUGCUUUGUACCAAGGAGUUUGCCCCAUAUACAUGGAGUUUUCAGAUGAUGCUGAGCAGACCUUUGCAAAUGCUCUGUCUUUGUUGCAGAAGCAAGGGAUGGUGAAGGAAGGAGAACAGGUAGCUCUUGUUCUGAGUGGCAGGCAGCCCAUCUGGAGAUUCCAAUCCACUCACAAUAUCCAGGUCAGAAAAGUUUAGAUGGCAACCAAGAUUCUAGUGCCCAUGACUACGAUCUCUACCCGCCCUCAAGUUAUAUUGGAUGGUGAUCGUUUCAUGAUUCAACCCACUAUGUAGGCAUGAAGUUGCUUGGUGGACAACCCUUUCUUACUUCUACUUUCUAUUUACCUGUCACUUUGCAUCCAUUUUUUUUUUUUUGUGGCGAUUUGUCCUUUGUUGUUUAUCUUUUUUUAGGUGUAUUUGGAGCUUAUAGUGAGCUCACAGUAGAAUGAAAGAUAAUAUUGAGAAGCUAU